UUUCUUGUUGAGCAUGCGCACUAACGAAGCGUUUGAUCACGUGGCUCGAGGACCGAAGUGUCCUGCUGAGCAACUGCCACCGUCUGAGCAGUGAGCUACCGCGACAGCGCGGCAACGGGAGCGUGCACACCGGUCUAGAAGCUGCAGCCCCUGCACCAUGGCGGCACCCUAUCGUGGAGGACCUUCGCCUCCAGACAAGAAUGGUCCCGCAAGGAAUUGGGGCUACCCACAACAGGUCCCAGACGCUGACGGCCGUGAGAGACAAGCCUUGAACCCUUACACGAACGCCGCGGUGCAGCCACAACAGCAACACCAAGGGCAAAACGGCGCUCGUGAAGCCGUUGCCCCGCCAGCAGAAAACUCGCAUCAGCGGCCCUUCCGUGAGCAGCAUCAGCAGCAGCAUCAGCGGCCCUUCCGUGAGCAGCAUCAGCAGCAGCAUCAGCGGCCCUUCCGUGAGCAGCAGCAUCAGCAGCAGCAUCAGCGGCCCUUCCGUGAGCAGCAGCAGCAGCAUCAGCGGCCCUUCCGUGAGCAGCAGCAGCAGCAUCAGCGGCCCUUCCGUGAGCAGCAGCAGCAGCAUCAGCGGCCCUUCCGUGAGCAGCAUCAGCCGCCCUUCCAUGCGCAGCAGCAGCAGCAGCAUCAGCCGCCCUUCCAUGCGCAGCAGCAGCAUCAGCCGCCCUUCCAUGCGCAGCAGCAGCAUCAGCCGCCCUUCCAUGCGCAGCAGCAGCAUCAGCCGCCCUUCCAUGCGCUGCAGCAGCAGCAGCAGCAUCAGCCGCCCUUCCAUGCGCUGCAGCAGCAGCAGCAGCAUCAGCCGCCCUUCCAUGCGCUGCAGCAGCAGCAGCAGCCCUUCCGUGAGCAGCAGCAUCACGCGGCAUUUUCCGGAUCUCCUCAGGUCCCCGUUACCCAGUCUUCUGCCGUUAAAUGGGCUAGUGGUCACGCCAUUCCCGGGAAUCCUUCCAUUCCUCAGCAGCAAUCGCCUUCCAAGCAGAUGUCCAGUUCACAGGGCUGGGGCUCGAACCAACAGUCUCUUUCAGAGCAAGUUUCUGAGCUAGCGCUCGCCGGCUCACGAGGAAUGGGCCCCUACGGACCUAAACGACUGAUUGGAGGAAGAGGGCGCGGCAGCCGAGGGCAAAGCCAGCAAUCGCGUCCUGCAGCAGGCGAACACGCAGACUGCCAUUCCCAAGCGCCGAUCAUGUCCCCACGUGGUCAUCUAGUACAGCCUACAACGUUCGCCGGCCAGGGAGGGCAGGUGGGCUCGAACGUGCACCAGAGGAACGCUGCACCCAGAAGUCCCGCCACGCCGCCUGCUUCCUCGACUCAAUGCUCUUCUCCGUCGUCAGAGGCAACUGGCGCCACCAGCAGCUGCUCCACAUAUUCAAGCGGAGGGGCUUCUACUUCGCGAGGCUAUUUUUCUGAACCGCAGCGUUGGAAUCGCCCAAGAAGUGCUGUCACGUGGAAUCCUGCAAACGCCCGUCAAGUGCCUUCACCGGGCCGAUCUCCCAUGCCGGGAGCAGACACCAGUAUAUCCUCCGCCGGUGGAAUUUCAGCCUCCAAGGAGACCAAAGUCACGACACUCACCGUUUACGCGAAUCAUUUCAAAGUGCACAUACCGAAGGAACUCGCCGUGAACCACUACUCGGUUGCGAUAUAUAAACUUGGAAAAGACGGGAAGGAACGAGAACUCACGCGUAUGGCCUCGAGUGACAGGCGACGCAUAUUCGUGGAGUUCGCCCGCAAGUACUUAAAUACCCAGGCACCGAUUUUUGAUGGCCAGAGUGCAUUUUACUCAGCAAGGCCUGUAGAUGUCAGAGAGAAAACCGUCCAAGUGGAAAUGGUAAAAGAUAAGUUCAGCGACUUCUGCGUCAGAAUCCAAGUGGCGGCCCUUCGGAUCAACGAGCAUUGCGGACCUGGUCGCGGGACACCUCUGGUUCAAGCGCUGGACGUUGCGUUACGCUGCGCUCUCUCGCAUAACCGCGAGUACCUUGGCAGGAUCCUCGUGAGCCCUGUGGUGAGCCCUGUGCACUCGGACACGGAGGAGGUGCGCGCUGCGCGAGGUGAAGCUCUCUACCACGGCGUGCUUACCAGCGUCCGCUCGGGCGAGUCGGGAACGUUCGUAAACGUGGACACGCUACAGACUGUCCUCCACAAACCUGACCCUCUUAUAACUGUCGUCUGCCGUUUGCUGCAACGUGAUAGUUUUUUACCUCAAGAAAAACUUCUAGAUAGGCACAUUGAACUCCUCAGCAAAAAACUGAAGGACUUGAAAGUGUGCGUCGAACAUCUGCCUUACCGUCGGACUGGCAAAAUCGAGAAAAUCGUGAAGGAAAGCGCGGACGAAAAAACGGUAGGUUCAACGAGUGAGACAGUUGCGCAAUAUUUCAGACGCAACUAUUUUACGCUUCAGUACCCCAAACUGCCGUGCGUAAAAAUUCUAAACAAAGACUGUUACUAUCCUCUUGAGGCCUGCUUCAUAGCUCUCGGACAGCGGGGGGCAGAGACACUUCCUCCUGUGUUUCCCAAAAUUAGGUUUACUAGAGCUGAAUCGGUUGCAGCCGAAAUUGAAAGGAAGAGCCGAGCAGAACUGGGCGAAUUUGUCACCUCUAUCUCUGCAUCCCCUGUUCAGAUCACGGCGAAGCUUUUACCUACCGUCUCGCCAUUGAGUCCUCCACAGGACUCGAAAGAAAUGAAGUGGGUGAUGCUGAGCAUGUGUGACAAGGCAAAGGAACGUAUCACGAAGUUAAAAGAUGGUAUCAUCGAACAGGGACAAAAACUUGGUAUGGAGCUCUCUCACGUUCAAUUCGUUGAAAAAAUUCCAACUGUCGAGGAUGCACUUCAAGCACCAGAAGAAGGUGCCGCUUUUAUUGUUAUCGUUCUGGAGAACACAAACUCUGAUGACUACUACCGCAUCAAGUACUACGCCGAAAUUCAACUUGGCCUGAUCACACAAUGUGUCGCUCUUUACAAGAACAGGAAACCGCAAAAUUUUAACAAAGUGUUUUGUAUGAACGUAAUGCGCAAGAUAAGAGCAAAGCUUGGAUUCGUCGACAAAGCCAUGCCAUCUAAGAUCAACAACUUCGACUUCAAGGACGUCAUGGUUAUGGGCGCCGACGUCAGUCACCAUGGCCCGAAUGACGCGAAGCCAUCCGUGGCCGCCAUCGUCGGUAGCAUUGACGCGUGCGCCUUUCGCUAUGCCGCUGCGAUUAGUCUUCAGCAGCAGCAGGAGCAGCAGCAGCAGCAGCAGGAGCAGCAGCAGCAGCAGCAGCAGCAGGAGCAGCAGCGGCAGCGGAGGCGUCCUGAAAUCAUCCAGAACAUGGGGAGCAUGGUUAGAGGACUUCUGGAUGUCUACCAGAAGAACAAUAAUACUGCACCGAAAGCCAUACUUUUCUACCGCGACGGCGUGAGCGAGGGACAGUACAGUCAAGUUUACGAUAAGGAGCUUCCCUGCUUGGAUGAUGAAUGCAAGAAAGCUUUCCCCGGAUCCACCACACCGAAGAUUACAUUUCUGACCGUGCAGAAGCGGCACAGAACCCGCUUCAUGCGCAAAAAUCCGGAGGUACAGAACGUGCCUGCAGGCACGGUCGUGGACACGGUCAUCACGCACCCUUCCGAACAAGAGUUCUUUAUGUGCUCUCACACUCCCGUCAGGGGCACAGCUCGGCCCGCCCACUACCACGUGAUUCGAGACGACAACGAAUUCGACGCCGAGACUCUGCAGAAGAUCUCCUUCAGCCUGUGCCACAUGUACGCCCGUUGUGUUACGCCCGUGUCCAUCCCGACGCCCGUCUACUACGCCCACCUCGCCGCAGCUCGCGCCAGCUGCUACAUGACGGCUCACGCAAAGAUCGAGGGAAGCAACAGAUUUGACGCCAGCGUCGUCCAGCUCACGGACAACCUGAAGGACGAGAUGUUUUUCGUCUGAGACCUAUAGGCUGAUUCAUUCUUCUGCUCAACGACGAAAUGUGCCCCUUGUUGUGCCUGGCAGGGUUUACGCCACUGCAGUUACCAGACCGGCAGGGCUCUGUUAAGUGUUGCAUAUUUACUGCAGCCGACUUCAGCCGCACUACGUCUGUGCCUCGUUGGUGUCUCAUGACAAACGCGCCGACAUCGCUUGCACUUCUGAUGGGCCGCGCCGCACUUCCAACAUCAACACUUUCAUAUUGGUCGUCAAGUUUGUGUCCCUCACUCGCAUGUUUAGCUACCUGAAGCGUAUGUUCAUGAUUUUAUCCGUGUGCAUGGCCAGUCAUUUUAUGCUAUCAUGUUCAAAACUUGUUCCUAGGCACGCGUAUCCGCACACAACGAGUGCACUAGUCUUCGUGUGCCACAUGUGUUUGAACAUAGAGUUAAUAUAUUGUGACAAGUGCCGGGAAAUAAAGACUGCUCUCUGA